AUGAGCAUGAUCUUGUAUAAUGGUAUAACUACAAUAUUGGUGUUAAUCAAAAAUGAUUAUUUGUCUUAUUAUUGCUCCAAAGUGGCAAAGGACAAUGCACAAAGUCAUUUGCUGAUAGACAUGUCAGCAGAUAGUAAUUGUAUUUCAUAUGAACAGAUAAUGACACGUUGUCAUGGAUAUCAGAAAGGGAAAUCAAUGGAAACAGCAAUUGAAUCAUUAACAAAAUCAAUCGUACAGGCCUUGGGCAACAAGAUGGUAGUGUCUGGAGCUUUUCGUGAUCCAUCCAAGGCGUUUGACACAGUUGAUCAUACAGUCCUAGUACAGAAACUAGAGAAUACCGUUAUUCGUGGACAUGCAGCAAACUGGAUAAUAUCAUAUAUAAGUAACAGGAGACAACAUGUAGCCAUUAAUAACUUAUACAAUCCGAUGCAUUAA